CCGCAAUUUCCGAAGUGUUUUUAUAAUAAUAUUUAUAAUGCCAAAUAUCUACUUUUUCUUUCCUUAUUUUAUAUUUAUUACAUGUUUGAGCAAACAUUAUAGUGAUGGGAAAUGCAAUGUCUUUGAGUGAUGAUCGGAGUUGUUUUGUUUGAACUGUUUACUGUAAUUUUUUUUAUAGUUCUGAAGGUUUGUUAUCCUUUGGAAAAUGAGCUUAAGUGUAGGCAAACGAAAGGCCGAAGGAAACUGUGAUGAAGGCAACUUUAGAAGCAAAAGAAUAUGUUCAAAUUUUGGCGAAGAAAACUCGUCAAAUGGCUUAAGUAGCGAUGCUGAAAUAUCGGAAGAUAAUUCAGAUGAGAAGCAUAAAAAAGAACGUUGUGAAAAUGUUUUCAGUGAAAAUGAUGAUUCUCCACAAAAUAAAUUCGAGUGUUUCUCAUGCAAAUUUGAAGGUGGGGAUAUAAUUAAAUGUUCUGUGGAAUCAUGCGAUAAAUAUUACCACCUAAGUUGCCUAAAGGAACUUCCAUCUUUAAAAGGCGAAAAGAAUGCGUGUCCUCUUCAUUUUUGUUUAUCAUGUUAUCUCAUAAAUCCAAAGAAUUCCCAGAAUACCAAAGGAGAAAUGCAUAAAUGUUCUCAGUGUCCAAUAGCAUUUCAUACAAAAGAAGAGUGCUAUGUCCCAGGUACUGUAAUUUCGCAUAAUAAUGUCAUCACAUGCCAUGGACAUUUUUCACCUGAGAAACAUAGAGAAUAUCCACGUGUAGCAAAUUUAUGUUUUUGUAUACAGUGUGGUUGUAAUGAAGAUCUAAUGUUUUGUAAUUCUUGUCCAUGUGCCAUUCAUGAAAAGUGCUUAAAAUCAGAAACUUUUUCCAAUGAAGUAUUUAUCUGUGAUAGAUGCAAUUCAAGAAAAACUAUAUCUUAUAAUGAUAUUGUGUGGGCCAAAGUGUACAAUAUUCGUUGGUGGCCUGCAAGAGUAAUGAAUCCUGAAAAUGUGCCUGCAAGUGUUAAAAAGAUGCGGCAUUUUGACGGAGAGUUUCCAGUACAAUUUUUUGAAACUGAUGAAUAUUAUUGGACUCAAAGUGGACAUGUUUAUCCUUUUGUUUUGAAACAAGUUGGCAUUGAGGAUAAAGAUCUAAAGCACAAUUUUAAGAAGGUUAUUUCAGAUUGUGUAUUUGAUAAUGCUGUUAAGCUAGCUUGCAAAGCUUUGACAGAUAAAAGAUGUACACAAGUCACUGAAACAAGUGGCCGAAAAAAAUAUCCCCCUUAUAAGCAUAUCAAGAGCAAUAGACCUGUAGGUGAUGUACAAUUGUAUACAGCUCAUGAUAUUUCUGAUUAUAAUCCAUGUGGCUGUAAAGCUCAGGAUCCUGAUCCUUGUGGUUAUGAUUCAUUGUGUUUGAAUCGAAGCAUGUGCACUGAAUGCUAUGCUGAGGUGUGUGAAGCAGGAGAUAAAUGUCAGAAUCAGAAAUUCCAAAAGCUACAAUAUGCAAAGGUUAAACCCUUCUGGACAUCAACAAAAGCUUGGGGACUAAAAUGCCUUGAAGAUAUUAAAAAAGGCCAUUUUGUAAUAGAAUACUGUGGUGAUUUAAUAGAUGAAGAGGAAUGUGAGCAGCGAAUAAAGCAAAAACAAGAAAUUGGUGACACAAAUUUCUAUUUCUGCACUCUUGACUCGAAUCGCAUUAUUGAUGCAGGACCAAGGGGGAACUUUUCUCGAUUCAUGAAUCAUUCAUGUGAGCCUAAUUGUGAGACGCAAAAGUGGAUUGUUAAUGGAGAUGCUAGAGUUGGCAUCUUUGCCAAAAAAGAUAUUCCUGCUGGUUCUGAACUAACCUUCGAUUAUCAGAUGGACUUUUCUCACUAUAAAAAAUUAAAAUGUAACUGUGGGUCAAAGAGAUGUAGUGGUCUUAUUGGUAAAAAGCCACAAAAUGGAGUGAUGCAUUCCGCAGAUGAUGAUGAAAGCUCUGAAUCUCUUCCAUCCUCAUCAGGAACAAAAACAAGUAAGAAAAAUAUGAAAAAGACCAAAACACCAAAGAAAUUAAAUGGCUCUGUUUGUAAAAUUUUGCCAAAUGCUGAUGAGGCAAAUAAACAGACUAAGAUUAAAGGUGAAACUAGUUCUUCAAAAUACAGCUUUAAAAAAGUGGUUGAUUUGAAGAAAGAAUCAGUUAAAAAAACUGAUGCGCAUAAAAAAGACAAAAUUCUAUGUUUUAAAUGUAAAACAGGUGGUAAACUUCUGCAUUGUUCUCUUGAAGAAUGUGGAAGAUCAUUUCAUGUCAGAUGUUUGAAUCCAGGUAUGGAGACUUUUCAAUCUGAUGACUGGGAAUGUCCAUCGCAUUUCUGUAAAAAAUGCAAAAUGCUUUCAUCUUACCACUGUUUUGCAUGUCCCACUUCUUAUUGCUUUAAACAUGUCAUAGAUAUUCCUCAAAGUGGAAAAUUUGCAUGUCCUAAGCAUUUAAAUGAAAAACAAUUGGUUUAAUUUUUAUACAACAAAGGAUAUUUUCUAUAAAAUUUUUGAUAAUUCUUUUUUGAUAUCACUGAACAUGUCAUUCAAUAGCGAUUAAUAUAGUCAUAAUUACUAUUAGUAAUUACUUUUUAUUGCAACAUUUUUCUUAUUUUUACUUAAAUAAUAAGUUUGCAAUUGAAUUUUGUUAUUUCUUUUUAUAAAAAUUAGACUUCUGUGGUUUUUAUUAUUAUUAUUAUUUAUCUUAACAUAGCUAUCAUCAUCAUCUUAAUAAUGAGAGACUGAGUAGUGACUGGGCCAUUUUGUGAUAUAACUAUUAAUGUUUUGUAAACUUGGCAUUUCUUUGCUAACAUUUGUUUAUUUGAAUGAGAUUUGUAUCAAAUUGUGUAUUGUAAUUCUCUGCAUAUAUUUUGUAAUGUCUGAUGUGAUUUUGU